CGCCCCUCCCGGCCGGGCAGCGCCGCCAUGGCGCUGGAACUGGAGCCGUCAGCGGCUCCCUUGAGCUCCUUCCUGAGGGACUUCCCGGCCCCGCUGGCCCCGGGGGAGCCGCUGCCGUGGAGCUCCGCGGGGAGCGGCGCCCUGAGCAGGGCCGAGGUGCCGGGCGCGCUGGCCGAGCGGGCGAGGAGCCUCCUGGGCAGCAGCAGAGGUGUUUCACCACUUCUUGCAGCAUCAUUGAUCCAUGCUGCAGUUGAUGAAGUUCUCCAAACAGACUUGACUGAAUUUAAGCUGCAAAAUGUGGAAACGGAGGGAGAAGGAGAUGAGGAAAGGUUCACCUUGCUGGAUGAGGAGUCGCUGCAGCGCUGCUUUUUUAACAAGCUGAGGGAUGUGUGCUGCGAGUGGCAGAAGCAAUUGCCAUCGCUGAGGCCACUGACGCGCUUCCUGCUGGUGUCCAUCCACGCCAUCCGCAACGCCCGGCGCAAGAUGGAGGAUCGCCAUGUCCUCCUCCCCGAGUUCAAUCAGCUCUUCGGUCUCUCAGAUGACGUUGAUCGUGCUUACUUUGCGGUGUUCGAUGGCCAUGGUGGAGUGGAUGCUGCCAAUUACUCAGCAACCCACUUACAUGUAAACGUUGGUUUACAUGAAGAGAUUAUUAAGAAUCCAGCUGAGGCCUUGAAAUGCUCUUUCCAGAAGACAGAUGAAAUGUUUCUUUUCAAAGCCAAAAGAGAGAAGCUGCGGAGUGGCACAACAGGUGUGUCUGCAUUGAUUGUAGGGAACAAACUACACAUAGCAUGGCUGGGGGACUCUCAGGUGAUGCUUGUGCAGCAAGGGAAAGCUGUGACAUUAAUGGAACCUCACAAACCAGAAAGAGAAGAUGAGAGAGCAAGGAUUGAGACUCUGGGUGGCUGUGUAACCUACAUGGACUGCUGGCGGGUUAAUGGUACCUUGGCUGUUUCCAGAGCAAUUGGUGACAUAUGCCAGAAGCCCUACGUCUCUGGUGAUGCAGAUGCAGAUUCCUUCGAGCUGUCUGGCUCAGAAGAUUACUUGCUCCUUGCCUGCGAUGGAUUCUUUGAUGCCAUCAAGCCCCAUGAGGUUGUAGACUUGGUCCUGGAUCAUUUGAUGCAGACCAAAGGAGUGGGGCUCAAAGCAGCAGAAAGACUGGUGGCUGCUGCCAAGGAAAAUGGAUCCAGUGACAACAUCACUGUUCUGGUGGUGUUCUUGAGGGAUCCUCAGGACAUCCUGGCAGACUGUCUCAACGACUCUAAGAGCCCUAGGGCUGAUGAUGAUGCUCAGAGCUCACCCUUUAACUUCCUCAGCUGCGAGGCAGCCGCCACACAGUGACAGAAUCUGUUUAGUCCAGAAUGUUCAAGUAAGUUCAUGUAAGGAACUGCUUUCCACUGAAGAAGCCUCUAAUACAGUAGGCAAAAUGUAUCAGGAAAAAAGGACAAAUUGACAAACAUGGAACAGAAAGGCAAGACCCCUUUUACUGAGUUCCCAUUUGUCUUUUCCUUCUCCCUUUUUUCCGCCCCCUCCCCUCAAAAAACACUGAACAGACAUGGAGACUUGUACAGCUAUUUCAUCUCUGGGAGCAAACACUGAAGUGUGUCCCAGGGCUGCUGGUCAUAUCCCUCUGUCCUGGAAGUGGUAAGAAACCGUAACAGGUAUAAGCUAAUGGAUGAGAAUAUGCCUUUCAUGAAUUCUGAGUGAAAAUUUAAAUUAGUGCUUAAAAAGAGCACUGUAUGUUGUACUUAACUGUGAUGUUACUUUGGAAGUUGGAGGGGGGAAGCUGUCCCCACCACAGAAAAGCUUCCUCCUGUGUGUGUUCUGUGGGAACAGGCUCAGUGUGUAGGGACUGGGUGACAGCAGUGUGCUGUGUAAGGUGCUUUUGGUUUGUACCAAAGAUACUACAAGAAUGAUGCGGCCUCUUUACUCAAACAGAAACGUUUAACAUUUGUGUGUAUGGAGAGGAGAAAAUAAAACUGGAUGCUUCAGAAAAAGCAGGAAAACCAGCUAGAAAUAUCCUGGGGGAAAUGGUAAAAAAUCAUCUGCUUUCUGGGAUGCUCUGGUUUAUAGACUGGAAUCUGAUAUUUAACUGCACUGGAUUAUUUCUCCCUAAGAAAUAUGCUUAUUUGGCUAUUUGGCAACCUGAAAAGGAAAGACCCCUCUUGUGGUAUUUGAGAGAGAUCUUUGCAGUUUGUGUGCUCAAGCAGGUGAAUGUGCUCUUCCUACCACUAUUUUGUGUACUAUAGCAAAGGAGAAGUUUAUUUUUAUUGUAAAUGUUUAUUUGUUAAUUUUCUGAACUUUACACUUGGAGGAAUGUUUUGCAGUUUUACUUUAUUUUGUUGUGUUUCUUAUUUAAACUGGAAUUUUAAAGUGUCUCUGUCUUUAUUAUCUGGUGUAAAAAAACUGACUACCCUCAAGUGCCUUAAAUAUUUCACCCAAGGAUUGCUGGCUGCCUAUCGCAGUCUGGUCAGCCAGUUCCUAGUUUCUAAAAUGUGACUUUCUGUUUUCAUUGACGCACUUAAAUGUUUCAAUUUUGUGAAUUAUUUUAGUGGUAACUAGGUUUCAAAAAAACAUCUCUUUGUUGCCAAAUCUUGUGGUUUGUGGAAAAGCUUCACUGUGAUUUACUCCCUGCCCUGUGCAGAAAGCUCUAGAGUUAAUCAUAAAGUAACAAUUUGAGUAAUUAUUUCAUUUAAAAAGAAGUAACUUCUGGCCUUCACAAGUAAAUUUUGUAAUACAAACUAGAAACAGUUUAGUAACAGUUUUUAUUAAUGGCAGGUUAAUUUGGCCACACUUCAUGAACCUUUUGGAUCUGAAUAACUUUCUAAGGAACUGUGAAGCUCAGAGGAUGAAAGAACUGUAAUGAAUGUGUGAGGGUAUUGCACAACUGCUCUAUUCAUGAUGUGCUAGAGCUUCUGGUUGUGUUUUGUCUUGCCGGGCUAGCAGAACUCAACAAGAUCUGAAGGCUCAAUGGUAAAUUUGUUAUUAAUUUCACUGUCUAAACAAAAAGUGCUUUGCAUCUGGCAGCAAGAUUGUAUGCUACAUUUAGAAGCACAUGUCAUUGCCGUAUGUCAGUCCUGUUGAUUAAAAUAUGUUGAGCAUUAAUGUUGCUUAGGGAGGAAGUUUAGGUAGAAGAGCUGGAAUGGCUCAAAGGAGGAACAGAGCAGCACUGUCCAUGUCCAAAGUCUCUGGAUCCUUCACUGAUGUGGGAUGACACAGUGACCCAAGGCUUUUGUUGGAAUUGCUGUGGAAGAUCCUACAGUUUUUAACGCAGGAGCUCCACAGUGACCUCCUCUCUCACUACAUUGCAGCUCAGACAGCAACUGCCUUUUUGCCACAGGAGCUUUUCUUCUGAGAAGAUCGUAAACAGUUUUCCAUCCUACAUUUUGGUGCCCUAAAAUAUAUGGGGAAGGAUUUCCAUUGUGGCAGCCUGGUGGGCUGGGCAUCAGUGUAGUGAACCUUCUUCAGUUAAGGAAGCCCUUAGACUUGUGCAGUAAUCCCCUUGGAUUUAUCAAUUUGAUUUCUCGCCCAGAUACUCGAUUCCAUGCUAAAUCCUGAUGGCCACUAGUGCCUCUUGGUGUCUUGGAAAUAGUUCUAUUAUUAAUAUAGUAAGAAUCAUGCAGAAUUGUUUGAUGUUAUUGCUGUCUGAGGUUUAUCAGCAGAGGGGGAAGCUAUUGUAUUUAUGAAGGGAGGUGUGAAAAGUUGGUAAGUCCAUGGUGUGGUUUAGUUUCUGAAAUUUGCCAAAUUUCCUCAAAGGUGGAGGGGACUGAACAAGCCAAACUCUUUGUAAUGGUUCUUUUAUUUUAACCUUUUCUGGGCAGAUUUGCAUUACAGAGGAAAGAAAGUCUUAAGUCUUUUGAUGGAGGCUUGCAGCUAUAUGAGAAUAUCCUUUUUUUGUUUCAAAUUUGUUAAUUUCUGUUUUAUGGGAGCUAAGUGAAGUGGGCCUUUAGAAAGCUGUCUGUGGCAAUCAUAAAAUCUAGUUCUCAAGCAAUGCUCUAGGGAAGAAAUUCUGCAUUCUUAGAAGCUGUUCCCUUACAUUUGCAUUCAUUCUGACUGACAUAGUGCUUCAUUUCUUUGACAUGUAAAUGGAUAGGAACAAUCUUUGAGAACUCAUACAGAUUGCAGCAUGGAUUAAAAGUAUUUCUCUCAUUUUCAGAGACUUCUUACUAGCUUUAAAAAGUCUGGUCAGGUCAACAGAAAUUGUAACAGGUCAAAAAAGGGAGUUUGUAUCCCAUCACUAGAAUAAGUAAUUCCUAAUGUGUCAUCUACAGGAAAAUCCCAAAUACUGUUUGGGAGGAGGCUGUAGAAAUUAGUUGAAGGAUUCAAGACAAAUGUUCAAUAAUUUUCAUGUCUUACUAGACUCCAAAUGAAUGUCUGCUGCGGCAUUUUAGCACUCAGCAGAAGAAAAAUUGCUCUUUAAAGGAGCCUGAAUUUUUAAAACAGAGCACACUUAAAUUCUUUUGUUGUGUGAUUGGAAACUGGCUUCAGUUGUUCUGCUUAGUGGAUAUCCAGCAUCUCUUUUGCUUAUGGGUAAUUCAUGCUUCUACCUUCUCUUCCUUUCUCCAUCCUCUCCUUCAAAGACACACACCUAAGACAGUGAAUAUUCUGGGUCUGGCAGAGACAAGAUUAAAAUUUUACAAAUUACAUUUGUUGGGAGUUCGUUUUGGCGUCUUUUUUUUUUUUUUUUUCCCCCUGAGAAUACAGAUGAGAGAAAUGCAGGAAAAUUUUUAGAACAGAGGGAGAUUAAGUAAAAUCCACCCUCUGAGUGAUGGAGGAGUGAAAGAGAGAGACAGGAAUGCAUUUAAGUAUUAUUAAUGCCUAUUUUAAAAAGGAAGUGGGCUGGAAAAUAGAGCUACAAAUGUCAGUUCUUUAGACCGAAAUACCAGUGCUUGAAAGAAUUGGAAACACCCAUUAAGAAGGCAGAGCUCAGCUGUGGUAACUCUGUCUUCAAACAGCCAAAGAAGGAAUAGCACUAAAAGUGUCCAAGGUGACUUGCUGUGACCCCUCAGUGCUACCUGGAAAGCUAAUGCUACUAAAUGGAUUUUUCCAAACAUCCUUCCAUGUAAAGUAGUGCUAAGAGGGAGCAUCCAGCCUCUGCAGUUCCUGGUCACUGUGCAAGUGCUGCUGUGAGUAAAUGUGGAGUGUGUUAAUGAGUGGAGGGGAUGGUGAGCCCUGCAAGAUGAGUAAUUGGGCACGGAGUGGUUACAGCAGUGUUGGCAGUUAAGCAGUGUUAAUCACAGUGAUGGCUUUAAUACCAUUUAAUAGACACUUAUCUCAAUUCAAAGUCAGAUGUGAUGCUGCUCUUUUAGAAAGCAUUUCCAGUGCCAUUAACUUUCUGUCAUGAGGAGCCACUAAAAUUUCCAUUAUUUUGUCAGAUGUUGGGAAAAGUGCUUCUCUUGCUUUCUGAAUUCUGGAGAUAAGUUGGCUGUGUGCACUGGAAAACCUAUUUUCAGUUGAUAGCUUAAAUCAGUUCUUUGGAGUUGAAGCUUCCCUCCCAGGCAAAAAACCAAAAAAAAAACCAACGAAAAACCCCCACCUAAAAACUAACCUAAAGACUUCAAAAACUAACCUAAAAAAGGUAUUUCCAAAACAAGUGGCCAAGAACUUUUGUAAAUGGUAUUUUUAAAUGGCAUUGCACAAAAGGUAGCUAGCAAAUACCCUCCAUCUAUAAAGGGCAUUGACAGUAAAGUCUAAAUUAAUAUUCCAGCUCUACUCUUUGUACAAGUUUGACUCUGUUGGUUAAAUUAUUUGUAUUCUUGUGGAUGCAGGUACUGAACAUACAGCACCAGCCAUUGUCUGUUUCUAGUCUUACAGUACUGAAGUAUCAAGCAAAUGCUUUAGGGAGAAGGUGGGGGGAUGUUAGCCACAACAGAGCAGAUUGCAGAUGAUUCAUGUAUAAUUCAGCUCUGGUUAAGCCUGAAUUAAAUUUCCCUGCUUAGUUCUAUCACUGUCCCUUUUGCAAUUGGGCCUGUGCCUUCAGAGAGAAUCCUACUAAGAAGAAAUAGUCCAUUUUCCCUUUUCGAGGAGCAAACCCUCCUGAUGAACAAAAUGCCACUCAGGAAGGAUUGGAGAAGGAGAAAAAUGAGCUUUCAAAUGAAUGCAAAACUUCCCAAUCUACAUGAAGUUAUGUACUCUCCCUAAACACAAGUUUAUAGCAGGUCUGGUUGCAUUUGAGUAGUGCUGGAAGGCAGGGGGGUUUCUGCCAAGCUUAUCCUAACCUUUCAAACAGCAUCAAAACCAAGAGGCUGGUCCUCUCUGCAUUACUGAAUCAAGCCACUAAACCAGCCAGCCCUGUGGAGUAUUUGUUUUGCAGCAUUGACAGCUCUUAAGAGCUAAGGCAGACACUUUCUGAAUGUGUUUUGGUUGGGCUUAAUAUAUUUCUUGGAUUUUAUUUAAUUUAAAGCUAUUCUUAUUUAUAUAAGUUGUGUCAGCUGAGAAGUAAACAAAUGGAGACUUGAAGGAGUGACUGCACCUCUGAACGUGUAUCUGUCAAUAAGCACUUCUUAAAAUAAUGCCUUAAAAUGAGCUGGUAGGCUCUUGUGACAGAUAACCUUAUCUCUGCAUGGAACAGGAAACCAAAAUCUUCCAGAGAAUCACUUAAACCUUUAUUUUGGUGUGACCCAUCAGACCUGAAUGCUCACAAGCUGUUCAGUGUCCCUGGUUUAAUGCGUGCUCCAAGCUGCGCAUGCUGCCGCUGGUGCACGUAAAAAUAAACAAGGGACAGCUGUGUUGGCCACAUAGAAAAUUUAGCAAGACGCAGUUUUUGUUAAACAGUAGAGGACAAAAUCAAUAGGAAAAGAAAUGUUUUCAAGCUUCUUGGAAUGCAAACAAUGGAAUAAAAAAAAAAGCAGCCUAGAAGAGUUGGCAGUGCACUGUCGGCUGAAAACCACUGUUUCAAGCAAAUGAAUUUAGCUGCUUUGUAAUGUCGGUUUUAUUUUGAUAACAAACUCCUCUCAGUCAGAGUUUUGUCUUAUUAUGUGCUUUUUAGUUGAAGAGACAAGAUAUAUUUAACUUUCUAAGGAGCUGAAUAUAUCUGGGCUUUGUGACUAGCUAGAUUCUGAUUAUUGAAUUUUCUCUCAACUAUUAAGCCUGAUUACUAAUUUCCAGGAGAUAUUAAUAUAUCAAAUACUGAAGUUAUUACUGAUUAAAUGGUUCUGGAUUUCCAUGCACAGGAAUGUCAUUGGUCCUUCCUGAUCUAGUGGAUGACUCCUUGAAGUUAUUUAUCCCUUUUGAGGCAAUACAUUAGGCAGGUAGAAGGUUUGUUGCUUUGGCAAAUGGAGCCCGAAUGUGUGACCAUCAUUCCCGCCAGGAACUAUUUAUCCUUUUAUCUAAGCAAUGAUAGUUCUAUUUGGAUGUCCAAGGAUAAAGAGAUAAUAGCUAGGAAACCAGGGUGAUCCUAUGGGGACCUUCUCAGGGCAGUAAAAAUACUUCCUUUUUUUCAUGGUGCCCUUCAUAACUUUGCGAAAAGGCAUUCAGCUGAAUAUUGCAUGAUUAAUGCUGCUUUCUUUGUGUUUUUCCCACUUUUUGUUUUUUUUCCUUCAGUGUGUUUAAUAAUAGCAAGGUAUUUGUUUUAUUUGGAGUCAAAACUUUGUACUGACAAAAAAAGGCCAGUAUAAAGUUUUUAGCUCUAAGUUCCUCUAACUUAAUUACUUUAAUUACUUUUAACUUCCUCUUCUGCAAGUCACUUCUGUUCUGUGUCCUCCCUAUUUUCUUCCCAGUUUUCUUUUUCUCUAUCUUUUAUGUCCUUUUACAUUGUCAUCCCCUCCCUCCCCAAAACGCUGCUUUUUAGGCUGUAAAAUCUGUUGGCAGUUAAGUCAGUUUAGUUGCCACUUUGUAAUUUUCACUUCAUCUGUGUCCAUAGUGAAUUUGGUCUGAUCUUUGGAGGCCUGCAACACCAAGUCUAAAAAGAACCAUGUCAGCUAGGAAGAUGAGAGACUAGAAUAACUGUUGCUUUGGCAUGGACCAGUAUUGGAUAUGUGAGAAGAAAAUCCUGUUAUUUGUAUUUUACUUCAUAGGAAUGCUUAAGCUUAUGUCAGGUAACAAUAGCUCUCACCCUGAUUACAGGACUUCAGAAAUGUUCUUGUCUCUGUAUUUCCUUGUUCCUGCAGAUUGACUGUGCUUUCAAACAUUUGCACUGUUGAGAGUGGGGGGAAAAGCUUUCUGCCUUCCUUCCCCUCCCCAGCUCUCUCUCUCCUGCCACAGUUGGCUGAGCAGUCAGGUUGGGAGCAGCAGCACAUCCCGAGGCUCACUGACCUCUCAGUCAGUGCCAUUCUUCAGGGUCUGCUCCGUACUGUAACGCCAGUCCCGUGCUUGUGUAGUGGUAAGUGAGACCUCUGUAACUACUCCUGCUGACUUAAAACUGUAUGUUCUUAUCAGUAUUAAAAGAGUACAAGAGCAGAGCACAUUUCUUGCCACUGUGUUGGCUGAUGAACCUUGAAUGAAAGUAAGAGGGCCAGUGAUUUUGAAAUAGGAGCUGUUAGCCAAGUUUUGUAGAAUCAUAGUCCUUAUUUAUUUUGUAUGCUAAUCUGCACUUGUGACCCUGAGCAGAAAAGCUGCAGUACAGCAGGUUUUAUAAGCUGUGGCUUAACCAGUUAUCUAGUCUCUUAAAACUCUUGUUUAAGCUGACUGGUUUUAUGCACAGGUCAGAAACCUGUUGUCAUUGAUCAUUAAAUGCUAUGCAUAUUGUACAUUCAGUUACAUGGAUUGUUCUAAUAGUGCUUGUGUGUAUCAUGCUACAUAACCAUAUUUUUUUAUAUAUGUAUGUAUUGCAUGAGGUUUAAUUGUUGGGAUUUUUUUGUAUUGUCACUUUUGUAUUCACACAGUGCCUCAUGUAUCUAUUUGCAUAUUGCAAGAAGUUGUUUCAAAGCAGUGAUUGGAAACAGGUGGGGAUAAGAGCUGCCACUGUAGGAUCUGAUGUUUCUGAAGUAUUAAUAAAGUAUAGUGAUUCGAAA